AUGCAUUUUACCACUCUGUAAAGAUAUAAACAAUAUUAAGUGUGCUCGGCAUGCCCGAGUGGUAAAUAUCAAUCACCUUCGGGGGGAGGCUGUAGUAAUAAUUGCAUGGCAUCUUGUACAACAUGUUCUGAUGGAACAACUUGUGAUACAUGCAGCGGUGCAAACCAAUAUUUAUCUUUACCAAGCCAAACAUGCACAAGUUGUCCAACUGGUUGUUUGACCUGCGACUCUUUUAGCUGUCUAUCUUGUACUACAGGAUAUUACCUUUCAACAAUAUGCAUCUAAUGCUCAACUCCAUGUAGCACAUGUUCAUCCUCAACAAAUUGCUCUGCUUGCAAUUCUGGUUAUUAUUUAUCCGGAUCAUCAUGCCUUUCCUGUACUUCACCAAGUACAUAUUGUGGAAGUCCAUGCAGUUGUAGUAGUGGAUACUAUUUAGUUGGUUCAUGUUGUUAUCCAUGUUAAUCACCUUGUGCGUAGUGUUCAGGUUCUGCUACUUCUUGCACAGCUUGUGUUGAUCCGACAAAUUAAUCAACUCCCUCUUGCAAUUGCAACUUGCCAACAAAAUAUCUAGACUACCUUAACAAUUAUUAAUGCUCCAAUUGUGUUUCUCCUUGUCUUAAUUGUAGCUCAUCUUCAUCAUGUAGUAGCUGCAUAAAUACCUACUACUUACAAGUAACAUCUUGCUACCCUUGUACAAGUCCAUGUGUUAAUUGUAGUACUUCAUCAACAAAUUGCACAUCCUGUAUUGAUUCAGCACAUUAAAGUACUCCAAGCUGUUAAUGCUCAUCUGGAUAUUUAAUGAAUACUUCUACUCAUAUGUGUAAUGCAUGUACCUUUCCAUGCUUAACAUGUCAAAAUUCAGUGAGUGAAUGCCAUAGUUGUGCUUCAACAUAUUAAUAUGAUUCAACUGCCCAUACUUGUACUUGCUUAACCAAUUAAUAUGAAGACAGUGGAUCACCUAAAACUUGUUAAAACUGUUAAUCGCCAUGUUUGACAUGCUCAAGCAAUGUUAAUUGCAAUUCAUGUAUAAGUGGAAUAAAUAGACAUCUAUCAGGAAGUAGUUGUAUUUGUGAUGAUGGUUAUUAUGAUAAUGCUGGAGUAUGUACUUUAUGUUCAUUACCUUGUACAAAAUGCACUUCACCAACAGUUUGUACAGAAUGCUAUUAAAUAUCCUAUUAAGUGUUAAGUGAUUGUCAUUGCAUGAAUACUUACUAUAUGGAUGCUACAUUUACCUGUUAAUCAUGUAUUAGUCCGUGUCUUAACUGUUCAAGUAAUAGUGUUUGCACAUCUUGCAUUGAUAAUUACUAUUUAGACACUACUAACUGCGUUUAAUGUACAUUACCCUGUUUCAAUUGUGUUGACAUAGAUACUAAAUGUACAUCAUGUGCACACCCUCAAUAAACAGUUUAAAGUAAUUAAUGUGUAUGUGAUGAUGGAUAUUAUAUGGAUGUUUCUUAUUAUUGUUAAUUAUGUACAUAUCCUUGUUCUAAAUGUACAAAUACAAGUACAUAAUGUACAGAUUGUGCUAGUACAUUUAUAUCAAGUGGAUCAAAUAGUUGUAUUUGUGCUGAUGGAAAAUAUGAAGAAACAACAAAUUCGCCUAGUGAUUGUUAAACUUGUACUUCACCAUGUGUUAAAUGUGAAAUAACAUCUAUUCAUUGUUUAACAUGUAUUGAUACUAAUUAAAGUGUUGAUCCAUCAUCAUAUUAAUGUAUAUGUAAUAUAGGUUGGGUUGCAAAUGGAAACUAUUGUGAUUAAUGUUUAUCACCUUGUACAUCAUGUUCAGGAACAACAACUUAUUGUACAGCUUGCAAAGAUGCUCAUCAUUAAAUAGUAAGUGGAUAAUGCAUAUGUGAAUCAGGAUGGGUAAAUGAUGCAAAUUAUGAUUGUUAACCAUGUGUAUCCCCUUGUAGUUCAUGUUCAAUUAAUACAACUCAUUGUGAUUCAUGUUUAGAUAUACAUCAUAUUAUUAAUGCUAGUUAUUAAUGCAUUUGUUAAGAUACAUAUUAUUCAGAUACUAUAUCACAUUGUGAACCAUGUGUAUUACCUUGUGCAAAUUGUGAUAUAAAUGGAUGUCUAACUUGUAUAGAUACCAAUUAAUAUAUUGAUUCUAAUUUAGAUUGUGUUUGUAAUAAUGGUUAUUAUAUGGAUACAGUUAAUUGUUCACUAUGUUAAUUACCUUGUGUAUAUUGUACAACACUUUUAGAUUGCUUAACUUGUAUUGAUGCUAAUUAAAGUAUUGUAGGUGAUAGAUGUGUAUGUAAUGAUGGUUAUUAUGCAAAUGGAAAUUAUUGUAAUUAAUGUUAACUACCAUGUACUAAAUGUGUAACUACAUAAAAUACUUGUACACAAUGUGUAGAUCCUAAUCAUUUACUCAUUAAUAAUAAUUGCGUUUGUAAACCUGGAUAUGGAUAAUCUGGAUUGAAUGGUAAUUAUUGUUCCAUCUGUUAAUAUCCAUGUUUAGAAUGUUCAAUUAAUAUCAAUACUUGUACUAAAUGUGUUGAUCAAAAUUUAUUUAAACUAGAAAAUAAUCAGUGUUAAUGUCAAGAAGGAUAUUAUAAAGAUAAUAAUAAUUAAUGUCAAAUAUGUGCUCCUUAAUGCAAAACUUGCGAAGAAUUUUUAGAUUAUUGUUUGAUUUGUAAAGAUGAUUCUUUUAUUUUAAUUAAUAAUUAAUGUUCUUGCAACUCGGGUUAUUUUUUAAAUAAUUAAAAUAAUUGUUAAGCAUGCAUAGAAUACUGCUUAUAAUGCAAUGAUUAAAUUAGUUGUGAAGUUUGCAAAGAUGGUUACUUUUAUGAAUCCAUGGUAUGCAAUAAAUGCAGUAAUAAUUGUAAGACUUGCUUAAAUUAAAAUGAUUUUUGUUAAAGUUGUAACAACAAUUAUGAUCUAAAUAAUAAUUAAUGUAAAUGUGGAGUUGGCUUUUAUGAACAGAAUGACACGUGUAUAAAGUGUAAGUAUCCUUGCAUCGAUUGUUCAAAUGAGACUACUUGUUUAUAGUGUGCUUAAAUUUAGAAAUUAAGUUUGAGUAAUUAAUAGAAAUGUAUAUGCUAAGAUGGAUAUUAUUGGUCUAUUUCUGAAUGUUAACUUUGCCAUACAAAUUGCCUAACAUGUCAAGAGACAAGCAUAAAAUGUUUGAGUUGUGAUUUAUCUUUAAAUAAGAUACUAUAAAAUGAUUAAUGCGUUUGUACUUCAAAUUAUUAUUUAUCUGAUGAAAAUACAUGUACUACUUGCGAUUCAGAACAAGGUAAAGUCACUGAAAGUUGCAAGUACAAAAACUGUAAUGAUUUAGUAUGGACAUAUGGUGAGGACUGCGAUGAUGGAAACCAAAUAAUAGGUGAUGGAUGUUCAAAUUGUAAGAUUGAUAACAAUUACAUAUGUGCAAAUACAAUUAUGUAAAUAUCACUAUGUUAUUAAUGUUCUCAAUUUUGUAUUUCCUGCCAAUAAAAUUCAAUUACAAAAUUGAGUGAAUGUGUAAAAUGUAAGUCUGGAUAUUAUUUGAAUGAAAAUUUAUGUUAAAUCUGUGAUAAAUAAUGUAAGGAAUGCGAGUCUAAUCCAUAAAAUUGUACAUCCUGCAGAUUUCUAUAAUUAUCAUCCUAAAGAUGCAAAUUAUGCGAAUCUAAAUAAGGCUAUUAUUCAGAUUACUCUAUUAACACAUGCUAUACUAAAUGCGGUGACUCUAUUGUUGCAGAUUCUGAAUAAUGUGAUGACGGAAAUUAAAUUAAUGGUGAUGGGUGUAGUAAUAAAUGUCUAAUUGAAAAAAAAUUUAUCUGUUAAAAUGAUGUUUGUAUCACUCCAAAUUAUCCAAAUCCAAAAUUAUCAAUUUUUGGAACUCCAAAAAGAUAUGAAAAAGAAAGAUCUUUUAAAUUAGAAUACAAUGUUCCCCUCAAAAUUAUAAAAUCUACCUUUGAUUUAUCUUCUGAUUUGAAAUUCUAUAUUGAAAAUAGAUCUGGAGAUGUGUAUUUAUUAGAUUAUCCAUAUUCUUUUAUCUAAAAUAUGACUGAAGUUGAAAAUUCGUAUUAUUAUUAUGAGGCAAUAAUAACAUUGCAAUUAAAUUAAUCAUCUUAAUAUUAGAUAUUUAAUAUAUAUUUUCUCAAUCUAUCUUUAAUUCAAUCUAAAGAAGGAUAUGAAUAGAUAAUUGAUCAUGUAAAAGCAUCGAUUGAAGAAUAUUUAUUAGUGGAUGAAACAACCUAAAGUUUAACGGAAACCUUAGGCAGUUUCAGUAUUAAUUUAUUUUACAUUUUACUCAUUUUGUUAGCAGUUUCAAUUUUAUUGGGAGGUUUGGAUAUUUUUUAUAAUCUUUUAGAUACAAUUCAACUUUUAUCCUAUCUUAAGUAUAUCAAUUUAAAAUUCCCUUAUAAUUUACAAACAUAUUUUGAGAUUUUUGGAUUUGCUUAACUUUCAUUUAUUCAAAAUUAUUUAAAAAUUGAAGAUUUUUUUUCAGAUUUUAUUUCUAUUUAAGACCUCAAACCUCUGCCUAAGAAAAUUCGAGAUGACAAUUAUUCUUCUAUUUAUUUAGUCAAUAUCUGUCAAAUACUGUCAGUAUAUGUAAUGCUUUUUGGUAUUUAUUCUGUGGCUUUUAUUAUUCCACUUACAAUAAGAUAAGUGAGAUUCAAAUAUUAUGAAGAUUAUCCUGAAAAGGAUGCCUUUAUUUUAAAAUUAAAGGUAUAUUUUCUUUCGAUUAAAAUAUUUAUUGGAGAAAUGUGUAGCAAAGUUGUCAAUGAAUUAUUUUACAGUGGAAUUCUGAGAACAUUUAUGGCAACUGCAUAUGAUUACUCAUUUCUUAUGGUAUUGCAAAUUUAUUCAAUUGAUAUAAGUUCAAACUCACUUUUACUUUCUUUUAGUUCAUUAAUAUCUUUACUUGCAUUUUUAUUUUAUAUUGCUAUCUGUUUGCUAAUAAUUUAUUUACUUGGAAAACAUAAACUCUCCUUGACAUGUAAACCAAACAUAGAAAAAUUUGGUUCAAUAAUUGAGGGAAUCAAACUCAAAAACAAUUAUCAAAAAUGUUUUAAUGUUAUAUUAUUAAUAAAAAAAUUAAUGUUUAUGAUAAUUCUAGUAUUUUGUUAUGAAGACCCAUUAAGCUAAACCGUAAAUUUAUUCUUAUUAUCUCUAAUAACAGCUUUGUAUUUAUUUCAUCAUAAACCGAUUGAAGAUUAAAAUGAAUAUAACAAAUAAUUAUCAACGGAAAUUAGUUUGUGUCUGACUUAUGUCUUUCUUAUUAUUUUAAUAAUAAAUGAACAAAUAAAGAGGCUGAAUAUUAAAGAGUAAUCAUAUAUUGGCUGGAUUUGCAUCGUAUUCAUAACUUCAAUCAUCGUGAUUUAAUUAAUUAUAGAUUUAAUACAAUAAUGGAGGAUGCUAUUGAAAAAGUUUGCUACUCUACGACGCUUUAUAAAUAAAAUAUCAAAUAUGUUUAAAAAGAAGGCAGAAGAAGCCCAUCCUAAUCAAAAUGUUUUUGAAGAAAUUCAAAAUCAUGAAUUUUACUAAUCUAUAAUUUUAUAUAAAUGA